CGCUAUUGACCUUGUGUUUAUCAGUACUCAACAACUAGACAACACAGGAUCGUUAUACUGAAAACCGUAAUUACUAAAAAUGAAGUAUUAUGACUUCCUUGUUGUACUCAUAGAUACUAUGUAAUGUCAUGUGUAUGGAACUAGGUACUUUGAAAGCUUGCUGGAGAAUGAUGCCGGUAAGCGACAUAGGUCUUGCCGGGCAUCACGAUGUUAUACCGCGCUGCUUUAGGAUACCCUAGUUAUCAAGUUUGUACAAUAGUGUUAUUGCUUAUCGCAUGGUUCAUUAAUCAUAUCCAUCCAACAGUUCGAUAUGUUGAAGCUCUGUCUCUUCGUCAUGUAGUAUCCCAUAAUAAUUCAGUACUUCCCGGAUAUAUCUCGUGCAUAUCACAGAAAAACAACGCAAAGUCAACACGUCAAAGAAUCCAGGAACUAUACCUAGAAGAUAACGACAAUGGCUAUCCAUCAGGCUCUGGCCUAUUUGGUGGCUUGUUUCGUGGGCGGAAGUUUUAUAACAGAAGUGAGAAACGGAAAGCUGGAAGAAUGGGUCAAGAAUACUUUCAAAUGCGCCCAGAAAGUCCUCCAUGGAUAACGGAGGAUUUUGGCGGUGUGCCUAAUCUACCUCAUAGAACACCAAUAGCGCUUUCACGAGGCCCGGUGGACGAAGAGUUCCUUGAAAUGCGGAAGCGCGGUAUACCUCACUCUAUGCUAAAGGACUACUACAUGUACCGAGAUGAAUAUGAAAGUCGCACUAAUUCACGCAGUGAGGUGUUCCAUCCGAUAUUCCGACGUAGUCCAGAGGACAAUAAUCUAUAUCUCUAUGGUCAGGGGGUUGCAACAAGGCCAUCGUUUGAAAUGCUUAAUGAAGAUGGAGUCUUGACGACUGAUGAAUUAGACGCGGAUGAUGAACAUCUUAAAAAAGCACUCGAGAUUCGGAAAAGUUAUAAAGGAAGCGACCGUAUAUGCCAAAUAAUGCUUGCAACCUUGAAGGAAUACAACGAUGCCAAUUUAAAACCUUUGUUACAAGAGCCUGCACCGGAAGGCGAAGAGGUAGACGACCCGAUGUUUAGACGCUCGUUCCUGGUCAAUGAAGACGGAUCUCCUUAUUGGCUCAAUGAGUGGAACCGUGAAUACCUAAAAGGUAGGGAAGGCCUAAGUGAAAGGGAACUGAUUGACUACGACAAUAUGUGGUACACUCACCUGGAGAAGCUAGAGCAGCGUUAUGGCAUGCUACUUCCUGGUGGUGGUGAUUUAGAUGAUAUAAUGCAAUACUUCGAGACAGUUGGCCAAGGUGAUCUAUCAUUAACCAGGUCUAGUAUACGUCAACCCGGUGGGCUGCGAGUUGCCAUUGGCAACAAAGUGCUCAAGACAAGGUGGUCUGAAAACAUUCCUCCAGUUUUACUAGAACUGCUCAUGAAGUACACCCUGAUGGACCAAUUUAAAUCAUUCAAGAAAAUGAAUGCGAGGGAGCAACUUUUAAACAUGAAGGCAGACGCUUUGAAAUCAUGCAAUCAGAUGAUAAUGAACCGUUUGAUUCGAGAACGCGUUUUACGUAAUGAAGAGAAGAAGCGUUUGGAGUACAUUAAGUUCUUACACCAUCGGAGGAAAGUGAUACACAAAAGCCGUAUUACAGGACAGCCAAACAUACCAUACUGGUUAUGGGAAGAGUGCUGGCACCGAAAAGAUGAUAUGAUUCAAGAUACUAUAGUGGAGAUACUGCACCAGGUUAAGGCUGUUGAGCCAGAUGCUGAUGUUGCCGAAUUGACCAGGGGCACAGUGGAGCACAUGAAGUCACCCAAACUGUUAGGCACUAAGUUCGAUCGCCAGUUAAUACUUGAAAAUGACAUGGCGGGCCAUGUAGACGUUUUGGAAUCAUACAUAAAGAAACAUAGCCAAGGUGCUGAAUCUGAAAAUGAGGAAACUACCGAUGCACCAAAUAAAAUCAAUGACGAAACCAUUGAUGGGAUUGACUUGCCCCUGCCGCUAGGAUAUUACUUCCGUGACAUGAUAUCAUUUGAUAAGUUCGAAAAGGCUUUCGAGGACUUCAACAUGGAAUGCUUCGGCAGGAAGGGUUGUGGCGUGAGGGUGGGACAGUUGGUCAAGGGCGUUAUAGAGGAUGUAAGACCUAAGCGGCUGUUGGUGGAUAUACAUACUUCAAAACUGGCAGUCAUGUACUUGAGUGAUUUCUUCAGGAGUCCUAGAGAGGUGCCAUCUGGUGGAUUCACAAAGGUGUUCCAAAAAGGUGACGAGCUGUAUUUUGAAAUCGUAAACAAGUUGGGAAAUGAUAUACGUCUAUCGACGCGGCGCUUACAGGAAAUGUAUAGUAAGCGUGAUAUAUACAGGAAGCAUUUCGAAAACGAAAUAUUUAAAGUACGGGCCUUGCAAAGGUACAGCCAAGGUGUCUUGGUGCAGUACCAGGGUGACGAUGUUGUUGACAUUAAGAACUAUAAAUGCCCGGAGAAUCCUGGUGGCCUGGAGAACAUUGCAUUCAUUCCAUUGGAUCAAUUGGAUAACCAAUAUCUGAGCGAUACCCAGUUAAUAAGGUUAGAUAUUAUUGGGAAAGUCCUGCCAGUGUUCAUAUCGGACUGGGCAGUAUGUGCCGGAGUUCCACUGGUGUCAAACACUGAGGCUAUAAAAAGGCUGCCAUUAGGCCAUAUAAAGCCUGGUGAUAGAAUACGGGCUAAACGGUGUAUGUACGGCAAGGAUGCUGUAUGGUUAGACUUGGGGAAAACCAUAGGCACCCUGUCAGUCAUGGACAUGAGCCCAGAAGAUUACCAGAAGCACAAACUUGGGGACGCCACUAUUAUAUAUGCUGAAGUAAAGAAUGUACAUAUGGUUAUGGGCUAUGUAGAAUUGACGACCAAAUUCAGCAGCGAAGGCAAUAAAACGAACGAAUGGAUUGAUCGGCUGCAUAGUGAUCCUGAUCCUGUGCAAACGUUUAACAAAAAGCUGGCUCACGAGAAGGAGCUUGGUAAUGAAAUGAUACCGAAGGAUAUGACUAAAUUAAAUUACGUACACCCUAUCGAUCAACUGCCGUCAAUGAUAGUCUCGGAGAACUCGGAACCUAACUUGCCUUUCAUGAAGCCGGACGAAUCAAUUGGAUUGCACAAAGUGCCUAUAAAGUGGGACUUCACACCAACGGCAGCUGUAAAAAAUCCCGAAGAUGAAGUUAAUUAUGCAUAUCAUCAGUACCGCUGGGAAGUACUUACCGAAAAUGGUUGGGAAGUCAUAAUGCCAGAAGAACAACGCAUCCUUAACCGUGCGAGAUUUAUGAACGAUGAAGUCAUACACUACAACAUAGGAUCUAGUUCGUACCGUGCAGACCUAGUGGAGAUGAUUCGUCAGAACCUGACUGAAGGCAUGGAGCAACCCUUGCGUAAUGACGCUGUGUUACCCCUGGAUGAAGUGGAACUGAGACACACUAGAGGAUUUAUCGAUAUAGACUUUGAUCCCGGUGCUGUCUAGGGAAUAUAAUAUCUAGCAUUUUCUAGGUAA